ACCAAAUGCGAUGAUGGCACACUAUUCCUCGGUGAUGGCUCCCUUGCUGGUGUUCCAACACCAAAGCUUGGGCAAAAGGGAAUUCGACCUGUGAUCAAGGUCCUGGACGACAAAUGCCUGAUCUUUGACCCCCCGGAAGACAAUCCAAUCCAACGAUUCUCGCGAUCAGUAGUACCAAAUAUGGGCAAGAGAGUCAAAGACCAGACGUUCGGCUUCGAUCGGGUGUUCGACGAAAACACAACACAAGCGGAGGUAUACGAAGCCACAACACGAGGUCUCUUGGAUAGCGUGCUUGAUGGGUACAAUGCGACUGUUUUUGCAUAUGGUGCCACGGGCUGUGGGAAGACACAUACCAUCACUGGAACCGCUCAACAACCUGGUAUAAUCUUCCUGACCAUGCAGGAGUUGUUCGAGAAAAUCGCAGAGCGAAGCGACGAGAAGCAAACGGAGGUGUCCCUGUCGUAUCUUGAGAUUUACAACGAAACAAUCCGUGACCUUCUCGUACCUGGAGGAAGCAAACAAGGGUUGAUGCUCCGCGAGGAUGCCAACCAAGCGGUGUCAGUGGCCGGUCUCUCAAGUCAUCAUCCUCAAGAUGUCCAGCAGGUCAUGGACAUGAUCGUCAAAGGAAACGAGUACCGCACAAUCUCACCAACAGAAGCAAAUGCUACCUCUUCACGAUCGCACGCGGUUCUUCAAAUCAACGUCGCCCAAAAGGAUCGAAAUGCGGAUGUCAACGAACCUCAUACGAUGGCCACAUUGAGCAUUAUUGAUCUGGCAGGCAGUGAACGUGCCAGUGCGACAAAGAACAGAGGCGAGCGACUUCUCGAAGGCGCGAAUAUUAACAAGUCUCUCCUCGCGUUGGGCAGCUGCAUCAAUGCUCUCUGCGAUCCCCGAAAGAAGAAUCACGUACCCUACCGGAAUUCCAAGCUCACACGACUGCUCAAGUUCUCUCUGGGUGGUAAUUGCAAGACAGUAAUGAUUGUCUGUGUUAGUCCUUCGAGUGCGCAUUUCGACGAGACGCAAAACACUCUACGAUAUGCGAAUCGAGCGAAGAACAUUCAAACCAAGGUUACUAGAAAUGUAUACAACGUCAAUAGACACGUCAAGGACUUCUUAGUCAAGAUUGAUGAGCAGAUGGCCUUGAUCAAUGAGCUCAAAGCUCAACAAAAGGAUGCAGAGGGUGUUGCAUUCAUCAAGUUCAAGAAACUGACUGAAAAGCGAGAUGGCAUUGCAAGGGAUGGAGUUACGCGGAUUCGAGCAGCGUUCGAGAAUUCCGCUGCUGAGAGACAAGAAAAGGUCAACAACAUGAAGAAGCUUCGGCAAAUUGAACGCCGGAUCGCCCUUCUAUCUGCAUGGAUCGCAGCCUUCGACGGAAUCUGCGAUUCCCGAGAUGAAGAUGACAUGCCACCCAGUCUCACAGCAAUGCGUAAGACAGCUCAAGGAAUUUUGCUGGAGCUUGAGAACAGCAGACAACAUUACCAUCAAAGACUGGAUAAGAUUAACUGGGAGCGCGCGAUUGACUCAGCGCUGCAGAACAGUAUCCGUUCACUCACCGAGGUCGACGGAUCAGCGGAUGGAUUAGAGGUUGCAAGUUUAACUAGGGAAGCAGAGCUGUUGAAAGCCAAUGCAGGCCGAGAAGCAUUACGAGAGGUCAUGGAGCAGGAGAAAGGUGGCAAUGCGGGUCUUAUGCAAGUGCUGCUAUCUGCCCAAUUCGACAUAAUUUCUUCUCUCAACGACAUUCUCAGUAUGAGCGAGCAUGAUGCGAUCCAGCACGCAAAGAAGGUUCUCACACGCUUGCUUCAGACUUGCUCUACAGCAGCAUCUCAAAUUGUCAAGCCGGACGGCUCGCUGAACAUCGUCGACGCGUUCCCUCCGACGAAACGUGGGACACCAAAACGAAAGAAGCAGCCAAACUUCACGGACUCAGCAUCUCACCCAGUUCCGGUUAUGCCAUCUUUAGCAGCGGCAGCGCCUCAAGUAUUCGCUUCGCCAAUGAAAUCAUCGCCAAGACGACGAAAGGCAGUAGUGGGCAAGAAAGGAAUAUCAUUCACGCCGAAGAAGAAAUCUCCAUCCAAGAGAAGUGUGAGGUGGCGGGAUGAUACCGAGUCUGGAGCUUUGGCAGAAUUCGAGAAAACUCCUCAGAAGCAGCUUUCCACACCAGAAGUUUCGUCCGUCGAGCAAAGCGUCGUGCUACCAGUGCUACCUUCCUACCUUGCUGGUGAUGUCUCCAACGACUCUAUCGGGUCUUCGCCAAUUCCAGCCGCCCCAGAGCCGUCGAUCGAUAUCAAGCCCAAAGUGAAUCGCUUCCAGGCUGGCUUCCUCUCGAAGAGGUCUGAGGGUUCACCGCCUCCACCAACAAUUACCAAUCUCUCUUCCUCCGAUACUGAUCAAUCCCCUCUCCGUACCAUCGAUGCCAGCAACGCGGGAAAUCGGUCCUCGUUACAAAUUAUGCAAGCCGUGGCAAAUGACAUUACUCCCACUGAUAGCGGCAACAAUUCUUCUUCGGAAGGUGAAAACAGCUGGCAAGCUGACCGGUCAGACAGCGUCAGGAUUAACAUGGCCUUGAAGCGCUCUGGGUCUGUUUCUCGAGCAUCAAACGUACAUGACUCCGCAACCAGAACCCACCGACGUGCCAGAAGCCCAACUGCAGCGACGAUGGCAGGAUCUCCUCCAAAUGAAAACAAUCUUUUUACAGCUAGCCAUGCUCGAAGAAUGGUCAAGAGCGAGAAAGACACUUCAUUCCAAGCCAGCGUUCUCAGUCCUCGGACCGCCCCUGUCAUGAAAAGCAAUCGUCGCACCACCAUUGGCGAGGGCAGACAGGUCAGUGGCAGCAUGUCGAGCGGAGCUAUCCGUCUUACUGGAACCAUUGGCAGUACACCCAAGGCACGAGAGAGUGUUGUUGGUUUGAUGGGCAAGGGCAGUUGGCGUUAA